AUGCCGGACGCUGAGGGCCUUGCCUCGGUUGAAGCCGAGGACGAGGCAGAGGCCGGAGACGAGGAGGAAGGCGAGGCCGAGGACAUCCGGGAGAGCUUGAUUGUGAGGGGAGAGAACAUUGAUUUUGAGUAUCCUUUGGGAGUGCUUGCAGUUGGAGAGGGCGCCGACCGAAAGUUUGUGGCGACUUGCGCCAUUGGCGAGAGUUCCGAAGGGUCCAUCAUUGUUGCCUUUCCUGGGAAGUGCUGGAAUAGAGCCGCUGCUAAGCGGGUCAUAGGCCUCGACCUCGUCCGCAAGGUUUCAGCCGUGCGAGCCAGCUGUGCGAGCCUGGCCGACCGUAGGCAAGCUCUCGACUCUGAGCUCCGGGUGUGCAUCGGCAUCCUCACUGUCGAGGGCGAGGCUGCUUUCGACUUCGUCCGGGAUUUCGAGACUGACAUCGACGUCGCCUACAGCUUCGGCACCGCCGAGCAGCCUGAACUGCUUCCUCACGCCGGGGCCCUUGCUGAUCUGGCCCAGAGCACUUUUGAGUUCCUCACUGCCCAGAGUGCCGGCGGUGACGCCCCUACGGGCUCCGGAGCACAAAGGAGCCGUGACGUGGAGAGCCGGCUGGAGCGGCUCGAAGGAUGCUUCCUCUCGAUCCAGGCGGACCUCAAAAAGUUAGUGUCGACCCAGGCUGCGGAUGCUUCGGGCCCACCGGCUCCUGCCCCAGCUCGCCCGAAGUCAAAGCCUCAGAAGCCAGCGAAUGCAAACCUCGAGGGCAUGGACCCAGGGGUAGUGAAAGCUGCUUUGGAUUCCGGGAUAGAUAUCAAGCAUAUAGAGGAGAUGGGAAAGUUUCUUCGGGGGCAGGCGGCACCCAUGACCGACGAGCCGAAGGCGACUGCAAGGGCCAAGUUUGCGAGGCAGACCAGACUCGUCGACGACGAGUUGGACGACGAGGACCCCGAGGACGAGCCCGACGCUCCGGAAGUUCAGGACGGCGACCCUAUAAAGACUGCGGUCAGCAAGCUCACCGCCAUCGCCGCCCAGCUCGCGGAGGGGAAGAAGAAGGAGACUUCUCUCGAGGCCAUUCUCGACGGUUCUGGGUCGGGCGAGGCCACCACUUCCGGAACCACCAGAAUCGGCGACGCCCUCCGCGAGGAGCGCUACGAGGAGGCUUACCUGAGGUCCCUCCUCGGUUUGGCUGCCGGAGAUCAGCUGUCCAUAGACAAAGGCAGCUGGAAUGUGGCGGGGGAAGUUCUUCUCGAAGAUCCCCCGCCGUUCACCUCGUUCACUUCGCACACUCUCCCGAGCGGCGCCGAGGUUCCGUUCACCAAGCUCGUCGACGCACGAUGGAUGGAGAUCUUCAUGGCGAGGCUUCGGGAGGUCGACCUCUACCUGGAAACCCGUCGCAAGCUUGGAGGGGGCGGCUCGCGCCGAGGCGAAGAUGGUGGUGCUCCGCCGCAGCGCACCGAUGCCGAGGAGACACCUACGGGGCCGAAGAAGCCCCCGAAAGGCAGAGGCCGAGGGUCGAAGGGAGCCUCGGCUUCCGAGGAGAAGUGA